CGACUGAGGCCCAGAAAUUGGGUUAAACUAGGGAUCCGGGACUAGAUGGAAUUUCUUGGUUCAGGGAAGGGAACUUCGAUUGGGAUUUGGAGGGGUGGAGACAGCAGGUCGUCGGGGGACUCCAAACAGGAUCUGAGACCAGGCACGGGGUGAGACAGAGGGGAAUAGGGGUGCUGGAAGGGCACAGGGAGUCUAAGGGCGCUGCGGGCCAAAUUCCCCACGGUCGUCAUCGACGCCUCGGUGUGGGAACCUUCAACUUGCUCCAAGCGCAGUUCAGUCUAGAAGAGGAAAGCGAGCGACGGUGUGGCUGAGUGCAGAAAGAACAAGAUGAAUUAAGCCUGCGUCGCUAUGGGUUCCACGGCUACCCCGGAGGGAGCUCUGGGCUACGUCCGCGAGUUCACGCGCCACUCCUCCGACGUGCUUGGCAACCUGAAUGAGCUGCGCCUGCGCGGGAUCCUCACUGACGUCACGCUGCUGGUUGGCGGGCAACCCCUUCGCGCUCAUAAGGCAGUUCUUAUCGCCUGCAGUGGCUUCUUCUAUUCAAUUUUUCGAGGCCGUGCAGGAGUCGGGGUAGAUGUGCUCUCCCUGCCUGGGGGUCCUGAAGCUGGGGGCUUCGCGCCUCUUCUGGAUUUCAUGUACACUUCGCGCCUACGUCUCUCUCCCGCAACUGCACCAGCCGUCCUUGCAGCCGCCACGUACUUGCAGAUGGAACAUGUGGUCCAGGCAUGCCACCGCUUCAUCCAGGCCAGCUAUGAACCUCUGAGCAUCUCCCUGCGGCCCCUGGAGGCGGAACCCCCCAGACCCCCAACAGCCCCUCCACCAGGCAGUCCCAGGCGCUCCGAAGGACACCCAGACCCACCUACUGAGUCUCGCAGCUGCAGUCAAGGGCCCCCCAGUCCAGGCAGCCCAGACCCCAAGGCCUGCAACUGGAAAAAGUACAAGUUCAUCGUGCUAAACUCUCAGGCCUCCCAAGCAGGGAGCCUGGCAGGGGAGAGGAGUUCUGGCCAACUUUGCUCCCAAGCCCGGCUCCCCAGUGGAGAUGAGGCUUCCAGCAGUAGUAGCAGCGGCAGCGAAGAAGGACCCAUUCCUGGUCCCCAGAGCAGGCUCUCUCCAACUGCUGCCAAUGUACAGUUCAAAUAUGGGGCUCCAGUCAAUACCCCCCAUCUCCUCACACCCCGGGCUCCAGAGCCCACUGGAUCACCCUCUGGGCAGGCUCGUCCACCACCAGGAAGUGAAUUUUUCAACUGUCAGAACUGUGAGGCUGUGGCUGGGUGCUCAUCGGGGCUGGACCCCUUGGCUCCUGGGGAGGAGGACAAGCCCUACAAGUGUCAGCUCUGCCGGUCCGCCUUCCGCUAUAAGGGCAACCUGGCCAGUCACCGCACAGUGCACACAGGGGAAAAGCCCUACCACUGCUCCAUCUGCGGAGCCCGCUUUAACCGGCCAGCAAACCUGAAAACGCACAGCCGCAUCCAUUCGGGAGAGAAGCCCUAUAAGUGUGAGACAUGCGGCUCACGCUUUGUGCAGGUGGCGCAUCUGCGCGCGCACGUGCUGAUCCACACCGGGGAGAAGCCCUAUCCCUGCCCCACCUGCGGGACUCGCUUCCGCCACCUGCAGACCCUCAAAAGCCACGUCCGCAUCCACACGGGAGAGAAGCCUUACCACGCCUGGACUCUCGACUCGCGGCCAGCGGAGCCACGCCCCCCGGCCCUGAACGCGGGGGGCCAGUGCCGGCCGGGUCUUCCCACGUAUAUCGCCAGCCCACCCUCGCCGCCACCAGGGGAAAGGCGCAGGCGCCUCACGCAGCCUCUCUGCAGCUUUCAAGCCCUUAUCGGUACUUUCCUCUCUACCAUCCUCUCCUCCUCCGCACGGCCCCGAGCCGUCCGGCUGGGUGGCUGGAUGGGUGGGCCGAGGUGGAACAUCCUGAGCCCUGCUCCCGGAGGGGCUCUCAGUGGCGGCAGCCCUGUUACUUCCCAGAUGGCACAUAAAGCCGAGCCCCCCGACGGGGGCUGGGGAUGGAUGGUGGUGCUCUCAGCGUUCUUCCAGUCGGCGCUGGUGUUCGGGGUGCUCCGCUCCUUCGGCGUCUUCUUUGUGGAGUUUGUGGCAGCGUUUGAGGAGCAGGCGGCGCGAGUCUCCUGGAUCGCUUCCAUAGGAAUCGCGGUGCAGCAGUUCGGGAGCCCAGUAGGCAGUGCCCUGAGCACGAAGUUCGGGCCCAGGCCUGUGGUAAUGGCUGGGGGUAUCUUGGCUGCGCUGGGGAUGCUGCUCGCCUCCUUUGCUACCUCCUUGACCCACCUGUACCUGAGUAUUGGGCUGCUUUCAGGAUCUGGCUGGGCCUUGACCUUCACUCCGACCCUGGCCUGCCUGUCCCGUUACUUCUCUCGCCGGCGAUCCCUGGCCACCGGGCUGGCACUGACGGGUGUCGGCCUCUCCUCCUUUGCCUUUGCCCCACUUUUCCAGUGGCUGCUCAGCUACUAUGCCUGGCGGGGGGCCCUCCUGCUGGUGUCUGCCCUCUCCCUCCACUUGGUGGCCUGUGGUGCUCUUCUCCGCCCACUCUCCCUGGCUGAGGACCCUGCCGUGGGUGGCCCUGGGACCCAACUCACCUCCCUCCUCCAUCAUGGCCCCUUCCUCCGUUACACUGUCGCCCUCACCCUGAUCAACACUGGCUACUUUAUUCCCUAUGUGCACCUGGUGGCGCAUCUGCAAGACCUGGACUGGGACCCACUGCCUGCUGCCUUCCUACUCUCAGUGGUGGCUAUUUCGGAUCUUGUGGGGCGUGUGGCCUCUGGGUGGCUAGGGGAUGCAGUCCCAGGGCCUGUGGCAAGACUCCUGAUGCUCUGGACCACCCUGACUGGGGUGAUACUGGCCCUGUUCCCUGUGGCUUUGGCUCCCACAGCCCUGGUGGCUCUGGCUGUGGCAUAUGGCUUCACAUCAGGGGCCCUGACCCCAGUGGCCUUCUCCGUGCUGCCUGAACUGGUGGGGACUGGAAAGAUAUACUGUGGCCUGGGACUGGUGCAGAUGGUAGAGAGCAUCGGGGGGCUGCUGGGGGCUCCUCUGUCAGGCUACCUCCGGGAUGUGACAGGCAACUACACGGCUUCCUUUGUGGUGUCUGGGGCCUUCCUCCUUGCAGGGAGUGGAGUUCUCAUCACUCUGCCUCACUUCUUCUGCUUCUCAGCUCCUACUUCCAAGCCCCAGGACCUUGUAACGGAGACACUGGGUACCAAAGUCCCUCUGCCCAGUGAGGGGCUGGGAGAGGAAUGAACUCCAGGAAGGGCUAGUCAGACCCAGAAAGCCAGAGAUUGGCAGCUCUAGGUCUUCUGCCCCAUCUUGGCACCCACAGAACCAUAGUGCCUUAAACAUCUUGAUCUGCCUCCCCUCAACCAGAGCAGGCCUGGGGCUCCUGCAAUGUGUGUGCCAGCUCCUUGUAUCUUGUUGAGGAGACUCAUCUCUUCUUUGCUCCCACAACCUUUUCUGAAGGAUGCAGGCAUUCAGCCUGCUCCACUGAGCUGUGAAUCAACUGUGGAAAUCAAAGGCCAAGAAGAGUCUUCUCAUGUUUUACUUGUGAUCUCCAGUGUUGCCUUCUAAGUUUCUUCCCUGAAGACAGAUCUUUGGGAAAGAAGGAUGCCCCUUUGAAUUAAAACUGAAUAAGAAAAUUGGAUAAUAAGAACCUCAAGAAGAGCUGGGGCCUAUGAGCUUGGGUUGGCUGAAUGGGGGCAUGCUGGGGAGUGGAGGGGAGGUGUUCAGGUGCUCUGGUGACCCAGAGCAUUUAAACCCUGGACUCUGCUCCCUGGACCACAGUUCCUCCCAUUUGCUCACUGACCUCCCUCUUUCCCACUAUCCCCUGUAACUUAGAAAAUAAAUUAAGUAAACAAGGGACAUUGGGGGGGGGGGGAUUGUGUGGGAAUGUGUGCCAGUUUGGGAAGGAGAGAAAAAGCUUAGAGAGCUGAAGUCUGGGUCUGGGAUUCUUGUAUUUCCCUCAGGCCAGUAGAAGGAGGUUGAAAUGCAGGAAAGAAUUGUCUGGGAAAUGAGGUUGGGGCAGCUAGCACUCAAGAGCACUGCCCUCCAAUAAACUGAAGCUGAUGGACAGACA